AUGCUUCCAAAAAAACUGAAAUGGGUAAUUGUAAUAUUUACCUCGAGCAAAGAUUAUAGUGUUGUACCAAUUAAUUGGCUUUUAGAGACAGAAGUUGAAAAUUUAUAUAGUAGGACUAUAAAAAAUUGUUACUGGCCACCCUUCAGAGUUACCAGUAGCCAUUUAAAAGAGGCCAAAGAUCCAGAACCAUCUUGGCAGCAGUAUCAAAUUAAAGUCGUUGGUGGUAACAAGACUUAUGAUAAUUUCAAUAAGGCUUGGUACAAACGAGUAGAAGUGGAAUCAACAGACAGUGAAAAUAUUUUGAAUGACCCGUUACUUCUGAAAAAAAAGAAACAAAAUACCUUAGACAGUAGUGACAGUGAUGACGAAGAUCCUGGUUAUACUAUUAUACCCAAUAUUCAAGGGGCAACAGUGUCAGGAACAUUAUCUGAAGAGCCAUUGCAAACAUUUUCAACAAAUAAUAGUGCUUCUUUUUCAUCAGCAGUAGACUCCACUUUUCACAAAGAAAAUAGUUAUACAGAUUUGCAACCUUUGACAUUGCUCAAUUCAAACUGA